UUCCAAUCCAAUCCCUGGACAGUGUCGAGGUUUAGGUGGCAUUUACAUUUUCAGCCAACCGCUGUGCGAUUUCGCCAUUCUCGCUCUAUUUCUCAAUCGUCGCAGGAAACGGCCCGGCGACAGUAUCGGCGACGACGCAAAAGCGCCACUCACUCCGCGCUCUUCUCCACCUGUAGUAGCUCAGCAUGAAGACGCUGCUGGCGCUCACGGGCGCGGCAGGUCUCUUCUCUUCUGUACAUGCAGCCGCAAGCUGCGCGGACUGUGGCGGCAACACGUGCAUGCUGGACGGCACCGCGACGACAAUCACGGGCGGGGCGACGUCUGUCAGCGUGAACUUUUGCAACUUUGACAGCUCCAAGAACAGCACGUACGCCUUAAACUUCGGCGUGUCAUCCCUCCCGAGCUGCGACGCUAAGAACGAGACUCUACCUACCGUCGCGUCGCUCGUGGCGGCCGACGGCUGCACACCCGACACUUGUGCCGUUACCGUCAACUUCGAGUCGGCGCUGGACUGGGCCAUCGCACUGCAAAAUAAUGGAGUUACCAACACUUUAACAGCGCAACUUACAGCCGGUGGAAAUAGCGAUACCGUAACAAUCGCCACGUUCGAGACGAUGGCGGCUGCAGUGAUGAAUAGCGGCACAGCCAGCGUCUCAGUAUGUGCAACCGAGGUGGACGUCAGUGGCUCGAGAUUUUCGAGCGUUUCAAGCUGCAACGCAGCGCAGAUUUGCAGAGGAGCCGGCACAGACACGACGUGUACAACGGAGUUGAUGAAGGACGCACAGGUGGCCGACAUUAGCUGCAACGGCGAGGCCUGUACGGGUAAAGUGACGUUGAGUCAGUCGCUGCCCUGUGACGGCAGCACUGGCGACGCCACAGCGAUCAUUGUGGGCGUCACAGUAGCCAGCAGUACACAGUCGAAUCUCGUGAGUGUGGGCAGCAUGACGGCGCCGAACUUUACCAUCACAGACGCCAGUGGGCUGAACGCUGGCAGCUCGGAACUGGUGCUUACGACGGAUACUUUCUGCUCCUAUUCAAGUAUCCAACUGAACGUGACAGUGGAAGAUGAGACGGUGGAAGUCAGCAGUGUGAACUCUACGACCAAUGGAACAGUAGUGGUGGAACUGGCCUCGCCACUUAGUAGCGAACUCGCUGGCGAGGACAUCGAGUUGUCGCUGUCCCAGUGUGGUGUAUUGGCUACAGGUGAGUUCUCCGUUGGAACGGGCUCGGACGAGUCGACAUCGGUGUCGACAGGAUCGACGGAUUCCUCGCAGGACGCUGUUGCAGGCUCUACAGGUUCCGUAUCUACACAAGAGGAAAACGCCGACUCGGGACUGUCCGGGAGUAUCAUUGUAGGUAUUGUCAUUGCUGCUGUGGCACUUGCUGGCUUUGUAUUCGAGUAUGUCCAUCACAAGAGACGGCAACCAGCGCCAAUGGCACAGGACUCUACCGUCAACAACCUCACUACACCCCUGUAAGGCAACGAACAGCUCGAGGACUAUUGACCGACCCAUGCGUCAGGUUCAUGUAGGCAAGUAAUAAAGUUUUUGUGGCUUUUUGUUAUCUCUUGUGUUUUUAUUAUCAUUCACUGGAGUUUGCGGGACUCGCGGAUCUUCUUGGAGCGCAUUCUUUCUUGAGUGCGAAGCGUUUUGGAGCCGAUAGAGUGUGGAAAUCAAGCUGCAACUCAAGCUGUUCGAUCUGCGUCGACAACUUAGAUAACUCAAGUUCAAUGGCAGCAUUUUCAUUGGGUGGAGUAAAGUUUUCGAUCGGGGCAACAGGAGCCGGCACAGCGACGCCGCCUUGGGCAGCAUAAGUGUCGGAGAGUCGAGGAGCUGCAAAAUUUUCACGGUUCGAGGCGGCACUUGAAGGCUUCUUAAGACUAGUUUGGUCCGACUUGACUGCGCGCGAGAUCGCUACUGGUGAGGGAGGCGAGAGCACAGUGUUCGGUGGGAGUUUAUUCUUCAGAUACGCCAGAAUCUCGGCGCUACCUUUUGCGAUCACUGUGCCCCGUACUGUACGCUGUGGGUUGCCGUUCAUGUAGAUUGCGCGAAGACGCGGACACAAGCCGAGUUCGCACGGUACUUUGGUCAAGUUGUUGUUCUCGAACGAAAGCGAUGCGAGCUGGGGAGCGUCGUAGAUCCUUCCAAGUGAUCGUAAUUUGUUGUCCGAGACGCUGAUCACACUCACAUUCGCCAGUUGCGACCAUGGGAAACGAUCGAGAGUCUCGAUCUUGUUGAAGCUGAGUAGCAGUGUUUCGAGCGAUCGUAAUUGACUGACCUCCACGGGUAGACGAGAGAGACUGUUGUUGCGCAAAUCCAGUUCUUUAAUCGUAUCCCCCAACGCUGGUGAGUCCCCGAGAAACUCACUGAUGCUCUCAGAUGAAAGAUUAUUCUUCCGAAGACGUAAUAGCUUAAGGUGAGGCAAUGCAGCGAUAGACGGAUGGAGAGACUGCAGCUCAUUAUCCUCGACAGUCAAAGUCUUCAAUAUCAAGAUAAGAAAUACAUCAUUAGUUUUUGUAAAGCAAAAAAGAAAUGUUACGAACCUUGAGAGGCAAUAACUCGC